AGAAUUCCUCUUUUACAGGCUUAGCAUUUCCUUGUUGUUACCUGAGCACCCUCCCCCGUCCCCACCCACCUGUAGGGUGUCAGUCCCUAAGGCACCCAGAUAAUAAUGCAGCUGCCUCCACACCCACUGCACCAGGAACCAGGAAGAGAAAUGCAGCAGAGUCUGUGCAACUACAAACUGAUCACCCAGGGGCCCCGAUGAGGAGAGACUUUCUACCUACAGCAGGAAAGACAACAAGAUAAUAAGCCACCAAGAUGUCUUCCAACAACAUCCAGCAACAGUUUCAAGAUCAGUGGAACGAUAUCCUGGGCCGGGUGGCCAAUAAGCAGAUGUUCCAGUCCGACUGGGAUAUUGCAGCCUUUGUCAUCUUCUUUGUGUUUAUAGGCCUGAUCCUGGUGCUGGUGAUCUUGGUCCUGAUCAGAUGUUGCUGCUGCUGUUGCUGUGACUGCGAAUCCCAUGGGCCAAAGAAACAUUACAAGCAACAAGUUGGCAUUGACAACCCAGCGAUGGAGCCGUAACCCCUCCUUUCCCUCUUGUGACUGGCAGCUCAACGAGCCAGUGGAUGGCCCAAGAAACUUCUGAGAUGAAGCCGUGUUUUUUUUUUUCACGGUUGAGAUAUAAAUGAAUAAAUGUUAGUGUUGCUAAUACCAAAGUGACGCCCAAUAAGAAAAGCUUCGGAAUAGGGCGUGUAGAUGGGCACGCCUCCUUUUAAUCACUGAAAGGACAAUCUUAUGGCAUAUGAUUUUUUUUAUAUUUCAUUUAUAUGUAGAAGCCGUACUUGUAGUCAUUAGUAUAGUGGGGGAAGAAAAUAUGCCCACUGGAUCUUUGUAAGAGAUAAGGCCUAAAGAUGUGCUCAGUUGUGAAGGGUGUGGCUAAUUUUCCACAACAGGCAACUAAAUUCCUUUGGGAAAAUUCUAAAAUUUAAAGAUAUUCCUUUGAACAAUUGAACACAAUUAGGGAUACCUAUAAAGCUGUAAAUUAUGAAUGAUGUGUCAUACUCUGAGGAUGAGCCGGGAUAUGGGGCACGAAAUGCGUCAGGAGUUGUUAAAUGCACUGAAACAAUGCAAGCAUGCUUUUAUGUACUUAAUGAAAUAAAAGGAUUUGAAGAA